AUGCUUGCUAUUGCAGAACCGCCUGUUCAUAUCAACUGUCAUUCAGGAAGCGAUAGCUUCACUUUGAAAGAGUCCAUCGAUUACUUUACCAAAUCCAUUUCAAUCCAGCAGCGUGUCCUUCAAGGCAAGGAAAUUCCGCUCUCUCAUGAAACCCAUCGAGGUAGAUCUCUAUACUCUCCUUGGAUUACUUUGGAAAUAGCCCAGCAGGUUCCUCAGAUUCUAUUCACUCUUGAUGUCAGUCAUUGGCAUGUGGUGUGUGAGCGCAUACUUGAUCCGCAAGAUAUCGACCUGGUAUUAAGGCGGACCGCUCAUAUUCAUGCAAGGGUGGGAACAGCCCAACAGCCGCAGAUUUCUGAUCCUCGCGAUCCGCAAUUCAAGCAUGUUGUUGAAGCUCAUGAACUGUUAUGGCGUACCGCUAUUGCUUAUCAAAAGGAUAUUCCAUCACUAGCUCAUCGGAUUGCUCCUACACUGACCCCUGAAUAUGGGCCUAUGGAGGAUGGUGGUUACAUGCCUUGCAUUGCUGUGCACAUCUCUCACCCAUCUGGUGACAUCAAAAAAUCUUGUGCUCGUGAAUUGGAUGAGUUGAUUAUUGAUGAAGGACAUCGACUGCAGGGUACUCUGUAA